CUGAGUUGUUCAGCUGCGCACAGUGCUGACUCAGGAGCCUUAAGUGUGCUCACCAGUUUGCCAAGCAGCAGACUCUUCUAAAUGAAACAAAAAAGAAAAUUCCACAAAGACCUAAGCACUGGCAGUUAGCACAGGUGUAAGGUGUUCAGUGCUGCAGUCAGGGUAUGAAACUUCAGGAGCUGUUUACUGGAAGUCGCUGAGGAGCACAUGCUUUCAAUGGGAAAUUCUUACGCUGGUCAGCUCAAGACAACACGGUUUGAGGAAGUGUUGCAUAAUUCUAUUGAGGCCUCUCUCCGCUCAAACAACUUAGUUCCCAGACCAAUCUUUUCUCAGUUGUAUUUGGAAGCUGAACAGCAACUAUCAUCACUGGAAGCAGGCAACAGAGCAGAUAAUGAGGAAGAAGAAGAAGAAGAGGAGGAAGAAGAAUCCUCAGAAUCAAGUAGUCCUCCUGUUUCUUACCAGGUGAAGCCUCCCCCCGAAGGAUGUUGCACUACUGAUGGUUUCUGCCAAGCUGGUAAAGAUUUGAGGCUGGUUUCAAUUUCUAAUGAACAUAUUGAGGUGCCAUCUGGAUUUUUACUUGUUGGUGCAAAGUCACCAAAUUUACCUGAUCACCUGUUGGUGUGUGCUGUGGAUAAAAGAUUCCUGCCGGAUGACAAUGGGCGCAAUGCUCUGUUGGGCUUCUCUGGCAAUUGUGUUGGCUGUGGCAAGAAGGGUUUCUGCUACUUUACAGAAUUCUCAAAUCACAUUAAUCUUAAACUGACCACUCAGCCCAAGAAACAGAAACACUUAAAGUAUUAUCUGGUCAGGAAUGCACAGGGAGCUCUGACCAAAGGAUCUGUAAUCUGCUGGAAAGGCGCAGAGUUCAGAGGCCGGCAGUCUUCAACCAGUACCUGCUCAAGCACCUUGUUCCAAUUGCCAGAAAGCUCAGGCCUCUCAGGAAGCACCUCCAGUGAGCCUCUGCCACCUGCAAACCCCAGUGCUCCAGCUGGGACCCAGCAAACAGCUGCAGCCGUAGAUCACAUCCCCUCAACAGCUGCAUUCAGCUCAGCAGUUUAUAAUGGCAAGGAAUCACCUAAACAACAGCUGAUGAAAAAUAACCUGUCUGCUCUGACAAGACCUUCAGUGUUAGGCACAUUAACAAAUUCAGGGCCUCCAAAAAAGCGCCAUAAAGGUUGGUCGCCAGAAUCUCCAUCAUCCACUGAAACUUGGAACUUGCAGCUCAAUCCACAGGCUUCAAACAGAAUUAAAAAUGAUGGAGGAAGCCUGUCAUCUUUGCCAAAUUCUGCUGUGGUGGGACCAGCCUCCUCUCCAAUGGUGGGCUCGGGAGAACCAGUCUCAGUUCCUGACAACUUGCUGAAAAUCUGUAAAGCAAAACCAGUUAUUUUUAAAGGUCAUGGAAACUUCCCAUAUCUCUGUGGGAACAUCAAUGAUGUGAUACCUAUUUCUGAGGAAAUGCAGCUGUUACUGACUGUCUACUACCUUGUUCAACUAGCUGCAGACCAGGUCCCUUUGAUUGAGGAUUUGGAGCAAAUUUUCAUGCGCUCCUGGCGGGAGUCCCACCUGUCUGAAAUCCGUCAGUACCAGCAGGCUGUUCCCCAGGCCUUCCCCCAGCUGCCCAGCCCCAUCACCCCGGUGACCUCAGCCCAGCUGCCCUGGCUGGCAGGGCUGGCAGCCAGCUCCUGUAACGACAGUGUCCACAUCAUUGAGUGCAGCUACUCCCUGGCAGAAGGGCUUUCAGAAAUGUUUAAGCUGCUCAUCGAAGGGAAAUUAAUAAAGACAAACUAUGUGGUGAUCAUAUGUGCCAGUAGAAACCGAGCCAUCGACUCCUGCAUUGUGAUAACAGGAAAGUAUCAGGCAAGAGUUCUGUCUGAGAGCAUGCUCAGUCCUUCAGACUACCAAAAAGAAGUUAACUAUCAGCUGGUCACAGGGAAGGUGGAAACUCUGGGGUCCUUCUUUAGCACACUCUGCCCAGAGGGUGACAUUGAUCUUUUGCUGGAAAAAUUUUAUCAAGAAAACCAAGGGCACAUCUCUUCAUCACUUUCUGCUUCAGUGAAUAAACCAACAGCAGUGAAUGGAGCUGGAACAGCUGUGUGUACAAGUUAUGAGAUUGAACGACAUCAAAUUCGUCCCUUCCAGCUAGCAGUGGCUCAGAAAUUGCUGUCUCAUAUUUGCUCAAUUGCUGACUCCAGCACUCAAAAUCUUGAUUUGGGUUCCUUCGAGAAAAUUGAUUUCUUGAUUUGUGUUCCACCCUCCGAAGUGACUUACCAACAGACUUUGUUUCAUCUCUGGCACUCAGGUAUAUUAUUAGAACUUGGAUUAGAAAAGGAACAUCUUACAAAGCAGAGAGUGGAACAGUAUGUUAUGAAACUAGAUGCAGAAGCCCAAAUUAAAUUCAAAAUCUUUUUGCAAAACUCUAUGCAGAAUCCACACACACUGUUUGUCCUAAUCCAUGAUCAUGCACACUGGGAUCUAAUGAGUGCUAUGCAUAGUCUUUAUCCUCAAACAGAGCUGCCAUCAGGACUUGUUGAUAGACUAUUGAACUGCAGGGAGGUGAAAGAGGCACCAAAUAUUGUGACCCUCCAUGUGACUUCCUUCCCCUAUGCGCUGCAGACACAGCACACUCAUAUCAGCCCUUACAAUGAGAUCCACUGGCCUUCUUCAUACAGCAAUGGUGUAGAUUUAUACCAUGAAAACAAGAAAUACUUUGGACUGUCAGAAUUCAUUGAGUCCACCCUCUCUGGACAUAGUAUUCCACUGCUUCGGUAUGACAGCUCCUUUGAAGCAAUGGUCAUGGCUUUGGGAAAGAGGUUCCCCAGGUUACACAGUGCAGUGAUAAGGACUUUUGUCCUCAUCCAGCACUACUCUGCAGCAAUGAUGGCAGUGUGUGGUCUUUCUCAGAUGAAGAAUUACACCUCAGUUGAAACUCUGGAAAUCACCCAAAAUCUAAUAAACUCUUCAAGGCAAUGUCCUAGUGGCCAUGGCCUCAUGGUGGUGUUGAGAAUUCCAUGUAUCCCCCUGGCUGCAGUGGCAUAUGAACGUCUGUAUAACGUAAGGGAAAGACUAGCCCUUGAAGAUAACUUUGAAAUAAUCCUGGGAAAUCCUAAUUCGGGCAUCACAAUCGGGAAGCACUUUGUGGAACAAUUGAAGAUCUGGCAGAAAAUUGAGGAUGUAGAUUGGAGGCCACAGACCUAUUUGGAAUUGGAAGGUUUGCCUUGCAUAUUGAUAUUUAGUGGGAUGGAUCCACAAGGGGAGUCUUUGCCACGAUCACUGAGAUACUGUGACCUACGUUUAAUAAAUUCGUCUUCUUUGGUACGGACAAGCCUGGAGCAAGAGCUUGGUUUGGCAGCAUACUUUGUGAGCUCAGAACUUCACACAGAGAAAGCAGUUGUGAAUGAUGUGUUAGAAAGUGACCCAGAGAAACUAAGCAGUACUGACAACGAAGAUGAAGAAAUAGUGACAGAAGGUUCUGCUUCAGAAAAGAGAAGUCCUAUGAAACGAGAAAGAUCACGUUCCCAUGACUCUGCCUCUUCAUCUCUCUCUUCAAAAGCUUCCACAUUCUGCACUGAGUCAUCCCCUCCCCAAGUCCUAAGUAACAGCACUGAAGAAACGACAAAUAACUAUGAAAGGCAGAAGCAGAAAGUAGACAAGGGGGCACAAACAACAGUCAGCAAACACUUGCCACCAGUGACUGAACAGCUGGAUAUGAAACAAAACAUAAGAAGCACCCAAGUCUCCAUCACCUCAUCAUCCUCCCCACCUUUCUCCUCCUCUUCUUCCUCCUCUGCACCUGCUCAUAACUCCUUCAUCCUACAGACGUCUCAAUGCUCCAUGACCAAAGCAUCAAAACAGCCUCCCAUAGUUUUCCUGCCCAAACUGGUUUAUGACAUUAUUACUUCUACAGACAGCAGUGGACUUCCCAAAUCUUCCUCCCUCUUGCCUUACCAUUCUGUUAUGUGGGCAAGUUCUUUUCGUCCUCUUAUGAGCAAGAUGAUGACGUGCACGGAGCAGUCUCUGUACUACCGCCAGUGGACGGUUCCCAAGCCAAUCCAUAUGGACUACAACAACAGAAGUGAGGGCAGAAUGGACACCUUUCACCCAAGGAGACUGCUGCUGAGUGGGCCACCACAGGUGUGUAAAAAGAACAAGAUAGGGAAAACAGGUGCCUAUCUGCAGUUCCUCAGUAUUUUGUCCCGAAUGCUGAUUAGACUGACAGAAGUGGAUGUUUAUGAUGAGGAAGAAAUCAACAUUAACAUAAAAGAAGAAGAAGCUGAUCAAUACUACCAUCAGCCUGGAGAUAUGUGGCCAGAUUUGGAGUCAUUUAAGAAGAUGCCUUUUGACUACACCAUCCAUGAUCCAAAAUAUGAAGAUGCAAGUCUGAUUUGUUCAAAGAUUCAGACUACAAACAGCGAAGACAAAUCAAAGAGCAGGAGACAGGAAGAUAUGUACACGUGCCGUCAAACAACUAGGAUGAGACUGUCCAAGUAUGCAGCAUACAACACCUACCAUCACUGUGAGCAGUGCCAUCAGUACAUGGGUUUCAAUCCCAGGUACCAGAUUUAUGAGUCCACUCUGCAUGCAUUUGCCUUUUCAUAUUCUAUGCUGGGAGAAGAAAUACAACUGCAUUUUAUCAUUCCAAAAUCAAAGGAGCAUCAUUUUGUCUUUAGCCAACCAGGAAGACAGCUGGAAAGUAUGAGGCUACCACUGGUCACAGAUAAGAGUGAAGACUACAUAAAAAGCCCCACUUUUACUCCCACCACUGGCCGUCAUGAACAUGGGCUUUUCAAUUUAUAUCAUGCAAUGGAUGGAGCCAGUCAUUUGCACGUUUUAGUUGUCAAGGAGUAUGAAAUGGCCAUAUAUAAGAAGUAUUGGCCCAACCACAUCAUGCUUGUUCUUCCAAGCAUUUUCAACAGUGCAGGAGUAGGUGCUGCACACUUCCUGAUUAAAGAGUUGUCUUAUCAUAACCUGGAGCUGGAACGGAAUCGGCAGGAAGAGCUGGGGAUAAAACCCCAGGAUAUUUGGCCUUUCAUUGUCAUUUCAGAUGACUCCUGUGUUAUGUGGAAUGCAGUAGAAGUUGAUUGUUCAGGAGACAGGAAAAGUGACUAUACAUGGACUGAAAGGAAUGUUUCCCUGAAGCAAAUUUUGCAACACAUUGAAGCAACUCCCAAUGUCACUCAUUAUGCCCUAAUUGGAAUGAGGAAAUGGUCUAGUAAAACAAACAGUGCUGAGAUCAAGGAACCGUUCUCCUGCUGCCAUGUGCAUGACUUCAUUAUGCUAAAUGUGGAUCUGACACAGAAUGUGCAGUACAAUCAGAACAGAUUUACAUGUGAUGAUGUUGACUUCAACUUGCGUGUCCACAGUGCUGGCCUUCUCAUCUGUCGGUUCAACCACUUCAAUGUCAUGAAAAAGCAAAUUGCAGUUGGAGGACAACGAUCCUUCCACAUAAAGUCUAAGGUAUCUGACACUCCAGUUUCAAUCUCCCCUGCUCAGUACAUUUGUGCUCCUGACAGCAAGCACACCUUCUUGGCAGCACCUGCUCAGUUGCUCCUUGAAAAGUAUCUCCAGUAUCACAGCCAUCGCUUCUUCCCUCUCUCACUGAAGAAUUACAGCCAUCCAGUGCUAUCUGUGGACUGUUACCUUAACUUAGGACCACAGAUUGCAGUUUGCUACGUGAGUUCUCGGCCUCAUUCUCUGAAUAUCAGUUCCUCUGGUUUGACAUUCAGUGGUCUCCUGCUGUACCUCUGUGACUCCUUUGUUGUGGCUAGCUUUUUGAAGAAGUUUCAUUUUCUUAAAGGUGCCACCCUGUGUGUGAUUUGCCAGGAUCGCAAUUCUCUCCGCCAGACCGUUGUCCGCUUGGAGCUGGAGGAUGAAUGGCAGUUCCGCCUGCGGGACGAAUUCCAGACUGCCAAUGCCAAAGAGGACAGACCACUCUUCUUCCUGACUGGACGACACAUUUAAUUGAAAAGAGACACAUUUCCUGAAUGACACAAGACACUAAUUGCCAUCAUAUCACGAAAUUACUUUUGAGAGGCUCUGCUUUCUGAACAGAAACAGGACUGUUUUCUGUUGUUUAUUAGAAUGAUAUCUAAUCAGACAGCUUAAGAUCUUAUUUGCAAACAUUGAAGUGACUUUUCUAAUUUAAUGUUCUGAUGGAAGUCAUGCCUAAUUCCUGACAGAGACACAAAGACCUAAUGUGGUGGACAGCAUUUCAUAGCAGAAGAGAGUUCAAUGAGUGCACUUCUUCUGUGACAAAGAAGACCAUAUGCAAGUUCAUAAAGAAAAGGGUUAGGAAACUUUUUGCACAUUCCAGAAAUAGGAAAUGUAAAUUUAGGAGCAGGUUCUGGUUUACAAGUCUUAUUUAUCAAACAGUUGGCAUAGGGCAACAGGAGUUGGUACAGUUCUGUGGUAUACUGCUUCUGAUUGAUCCAGGCAGGCUUUUUACAUAAAGAUUUGUAAAGUAUAUUUCUUUAACAGUAGGAACUCAGCUGAAGCUUUAAUUUUUGAAAUAAGUGCCACACUGGAUAGUUUUACCAUGCAAGACUGUUGGAGUAGAAGACUAAUUAUAUGUCUGGUUUUAUUAGCAUAAGGAAGAGAGUUAACAAGGUAGAUGGUAAAAUGAGAUCUGAACAUUUAAACCUGAAACGGAUAUUAACUUGAGUAACUGAAGAGAUCAAAUGGUGGGACUGACCUGCAAGUGAUUUAUUUCUAGAAAAGUGAUGCUUUGUGACUAAACUGUAGACUGGCUGUAGACUUCAAGCUGAGGCAAGUGCACUCAGGAAAGCCUAUGAAAUGGUUCUAAAACACUCCCAAUACACUUUCUGGGGAUAUUUUCUUGCCAAGGUGCUUCAAAGGAGUGAGAAAAUGGAGAUUACAAUGCUGAGAAAUUCAGGUGAAAAUCUAAAACCAUGUUUUUGAACAGCACCGGGCAUUGUGAUGUUUCAUACGCUCUAAAUGUUAAAUCAGUGGUCACUGUCUUUGUCUUGGUGUUUGGGAAUGCGGUGGAAGCUGCAAGCUUCCCGUUUGUCUUUAUGCAAUCAGUGUUAAUGUCACUCAGUCAAGGUGUAGGCAGGAUGAGUACAGACAUUGUCAGAGGAUAUCUAACAUUUGGGCAGGCCUUUCUGGCUGGAUACACCAGUGAGGGGAUCACUGGCUUUAUACAGAUGAAUUGCCAUUGGGUGGCUGAGUCUGUUGCAGUCUGGCCUUGAAACGCAGGCAUCCGUAUGACUAUGCCAAAGAGCUAAUUUAGGUUAAUUUACAGAGGAAAUGUAAGUUCUGUAAGUUGUGAAUUCUGUAAGAGAUGUGGAUUGCUAUCUACAAGGAAACUGCUGGCAAUCAGUGUGCUUCUGUAUUUCAUUGUUUGUGUUUCAGAGUGAGAAUUCACUUUAAGUUUUGUGAAGGAAGGUCAGCAUUGGCCUAUGUAAAUAGUAUUACUGUUCAGUUGUCACCAGUUGAUUAGUUAAUUUAAACUUUUUUUAAGGAAGUGUGACAUUUAUGUCUUUAUAAAUAAAGUUCAUGCUGCAUGGACAUCUGUCUUGGUGAUGUACUGGACCAAUAAGUACACACACUUUUGCAGUGGAAAAAAACAGAGGAAAAGCACUGGCUGAAAGGAGUUAAUAUAAUUAAGGAAUGACCUGAACUGAUCAAGAGAAAAUACUGUUACUUCUUAAUGGCCUACAACAUAACACAGCCUCAAAAGUAUAAGGGCUUUUGCAAGAACUCAGAUUGAAAGACAGUGAGUUGAAAUUUCCUUUCCUGUAACCAAAUGUUUAAACAACUUACACCAAGUGUCCAUUAACCUUUUUCUGUGUUUUGGGUCUGAUAUUUACUUUGUCAGUCUUUAGACAUCCAUUUUCUCCAAGAAACUA